AGAGAGAGAGGGGGGGGGGGGAAGCAACAAAAACGUUAAUAGUUGUGUCUUUAAUUAGAGCAUGUUAAUCAAAUCAUAAAACCUUUCAUUCUUAUAUUCUCUUUCUUUCUUGUUUUCAUGAUUUCAGGAUCUCUGUCUGUUGAAUUGAGUCCAAUCUAACCUCUCUCUCUCGCUCGCUCACCCAUCUCCAGAAGCAUUACAAUUAUCCGUUCCGAUAUUUUCUUUAUUUCUGGUCAGAGGAAAAAAUAAAUCCAAAUCCCAUAUUUUUGCUGAAAAUAGAUUCCAAUUCUGCUGUUUUUUUCUUCUAAUCCUUCACUUUGUCUUCUCGCUCGUCAUGUCUUGUGGUUUCAAGGAAUAAGUCUGGUUUUGAUUGAACUGUGGAAUGGAAGGUGGUAUAUAUCCAGGGUUCGGUAAUGAAACUCAAGUAGAUGGCAAGGUUUUGGAAACAUUCCAAAAGAGUUUUGUGCAAGUUCAAGACAUACUAGACCAAAACAGGCUGCUAAUCAACGAGAUUAACCAAAACCACGAGUCAAAGAUCCCAGAUAACUUGAGCCGGAAUGUUGGAUUAAUUAAAGAGUUGAACAACAAUAUUAGAAGAGUUGUCGAUCUCUAUGCCAAUCUCUCCAGCUCGUUCAGCAGGUCGAUGGAGGUUUCAUCGGAAGGCGAUUCAGCCGAGCCUGAAGAAAAAGCUACUCAGAAGAGAAUUAGAUCUGGUUAAAUUUGAUCAAGCUAAGCCUUUUUUUAUAAAUUAAAUUAUUUUUCACUGUGGAAUAAGGGGAGCAUUUUGAUAUUGUAGUAAAAGAAAAGAAAGAUUGAUAGUACAUGAAAUGUGUCUGAGAUCUUGAAGUUUCAACAUAAU